AUGGCUGCAGAAAGGCUCAUAUCAGCGGUUUCUGACUACCCAGAAUUAUAUAACUCAACUUUGACUUCAUAUAGAGACCCGGUAAAGAAAUUGGACGCAUGGAAGGCAGUGGGUAAACAAUUGGGACUGAAAGGUAUGCUCUGAUUAGCUAACAACGUUAGCGUACAUUUUGGCUAACUAGCGUUAGAUAGCUAGAGCUAGGACGAGUCUAAAAUGUUUAACUUGUCAAUGCCAUCGCUAACGUUAGUUAUUAAGUUUGACAUAUCUGACUAUUGACUAGAUUGCAAACAACAUUCAGACCGGGUUAGCUAGCGAGGGUAACCUCCAGGUAUACGUUAGCUAGCUACUGUUUUGCCUGGUUAGUUAGUUGUUGCAAUUGUUUGGAACUCUGUUCCUCUUUAUUGUUCUGUUAAUGGAAUGUGUUUAGUUACAUUGUUUAUUAAUUAGUAUGCUGCGUGCCUAUGUCAAUAUACCGCGAAGAGUAGCUACUUAACUAACGUUAGCUAGUUAACAUGCAGUGUGUCACGGGUUGUUUACUUGUUAGCUAGCUAGCUCAUUAACUAGCUUACUAGCUGAGCCAGUUGAGUGGGAACUCAUGAUUUGCACCCACCAACAAAAAUGUAAACAAUGAAUGGAGCAAAAAUGCAUUCCAUCGUGACAUUUUCACAUGUAAAUAGCUCAUGAUUUCUAUCAUUCGAUAACUAUAGGCUAUCAGCUGUGCAACGUUUGAAUUAUGUGUCAGCAGAACAGUGGUCCUCUGUAGCUCAGCUGGUAGAGCACGGCGCUUGUAACGCCAAAGUAGUGGGUUCGAUCACCGGGACCACCCAUACACAAAAAAUGUAUGCACGCAUGACUUUAAGUCGCUUUGGAUAAAAGCGUCUGCUAAAUGGCAUAUUAUUAUAACAGAACAGCCUCAAUUUGUCAGGCAUUAAACCACAAGGUGUCUAAAGUGUUCCACAGGGAUGCUGCCCAUAUUGACUCCAAUGAUUCCCACAGUUGUGUCAAGUUGGCUGGAUGUCAUUUGGGUGGACCAUUCUUGAUACACACAGGAAACUGAGCGUGAAAAACCCAGCAGUGUUGCAAUUCUUGGCACAAACCGGUGCACCUGGCACCUACUACCAUACCCAGUUCAAAGGCACUUACAUCUUUUGUCUUGCCCAUUCACCCUCAGAAUGUGACACAUGCACAAUCCAUGUCUUAAGGCUAUACAAUUAUUAUUUAACCUGUCUCCUCUAACAAGUGACAUCAAUAAGGGAUCAUUGGAUUCACCUGGUCAGUCUAUGUCAUGAAUAGAGCAGGUGGCCUUAAUGUUUUGUAGACUCAGUGUAUGCUGCUGCUACUCUGUUUAUUAUCUAUCCUGAUUGCCUAGUCACUUUACCCCUACCUACAUGUACAUAUUACCUCAACUACCUUGUACCAUUGCACAUUGACUUGGUACCAGUACUCCUUUCAUAUUGCUACUUUAUAAAAUGUGUACUUUUUAACUGCAUUGUUGGGAAAGGGCUAGUAUGUAAGCAUUACACGGUGAAGUCUACACCUGUUGUAUUCAACGCAUGUGACAAAUAAGUUGAUUUGAAUUUAACUCCAAUGUUGACAAUAUAAUGUCAACAGUGGAGUUCAAUAUAAUGUCAACAUUUGAGUUAAAUUCUUAGCUAUGGUAGUGCACACCUUUUUAUCCACUGACAUAUAACUGUACACUUCAGAGACAGGGGACCUUAACGCAUCCAUAGCUCUGUCUAUGAUUUUGAAAGUGGUUAUACCUACACUUGCGCUUGAUCAUGACUCCGUUCCAUGACAUUACACACAAGUCAUUGGACGAAGGCGUCUUCUGUAGGGGGGAGUUUUGUUAAGAUCCCAGACACUUUAUCUGAACAUUAACACGUGUCGCUUGUGGUACUGUAUCGUAAGCAUAAGGACCUUAUAUUUCAUAUCAGCGGGAAGUAAUUUACAAAGAAAACACACCUGGUUCCCACACGGCCAUAUCUCCAUGUUACAGCACUUGUUUACGGAAAACAGAUUGACGACGAAGCGACCAUCUGUGCUAAUUAGCUAUGUUCCGAACACCAGUGUGUAAGCGUAAUUUGGGAAGAGUAGCAGAAGUGUAGCUUCGUCGGAUGGAGGCACCCGUAGCUUUAUGGAUCUGUGCAAAACUGCGUAACUGUAUCUUUUUUUUAUUUGAAGGAUGAAAAAUAAUGAAAGAUGAGGGCUAUAUGUUUUAAAAACUGUAUCGUAAGCGAUGAUUAUUAACAUUUCUAAACGUUAAAUCACAGCGUCGGGAUUGUAGUUCUUAGCUAAUGGCUAAGAACUGUAGGGAGAAAGCAGAAUGCCGCCUAGAGUUUGAGCGCUAUACCUACACCAUCCCUCAGUUUUAGCCUAUACCAAACUAGGCCGAAGUGGCGUGUUGCUAUUGAGCUAAACCAUAGACUCUGUUGUGUUUCAACUAACCAAAUAUGUAGACUAGGGGGUAACCAAUUUGGAACACUAAAUGUGUGUGAACACAGCUCAUCCAAAUGACCAUGCCAUAAACCAUUUAUUACACUGGUAUAGCCAUAAAGAAAAGUUAAAAACAGAUCAACAGAGAUUACUGUCUGAUAGUAACUUGCAUGUCCUUCUUUUUUGUUCCAGAGGAAGAUGCCCGAAAGAAAUGGAGAAAUCUGAGGGAUGUGUUUACAAGGAAAGUGAAAGCAGAUGGGAUUCGUGGUGCCAAAGGGAAGGCCCUCAAAAAAUGGCGAUAUAGUGAGUUAAUGGCAUUUCUGAUCCCAUACAUACAGCGAGGUAGAGGCACUGGCGGCAACAAUAGCACAGAGGAGUUUGAUGAUGGAAAAGAUGACACAACUAGCAACUCUGAUGUCCUGAUUGAUCUUGAUGGAAGUGUGGUUGAUACCAAGAUGUCACCACCUUUGGACAACAACUUUCAUGAGAUGACAUGGAAAGAUUCCUGGCAAACACCUGGACAGGGAGACAAUGAGGAUGAGAUGUUUUUCAUGAGCCUACUCCCUCACCUCAAGCGCUUACCUUACAAGAAAAAGUGUGCAAUUAAGCUGAAAUUUCACCAACUUCUCCAUGAUGCUGAAUUUGAGGAUGCAGACUAG